UGCAGAAGAAUUAUCGAUAACAAGGCGUUUCCAAGAUGGCAACAAAUGAAGGUACCCCUGGUUCAAGUGCAACAAAUGUCGACAAAUGUAGCAAUUCCCCAAACGAUGGCUAUGACAAAAAGUGUAUAUUUUGUAAAGUCGUUAACAAGGAGAUGGGUACCGAGCUUCUGUACUCGGACGAGGAGAUAUCGUGUUUUAGAGACAUCAAACCCGGAGCACCUCAUCACUACCUGGUCGUACCUACCAGACAUGUAGGGAAUUGCAAAUCACUUGGCAAAGAGCACGUUGCACUUGUUGAAAAGAUGGUGGAGACAGGGAAGGAGAUACUCCAGAGGAACAACAUCACAGAUAUCAGUGAUGUCAGGUUUGGAUUCCACUGGCCUCCAUUUUGUUCUGUCACACAUCUACAUCUGCAUGUGCUGGCCCCGGUUAGCCAGAUGGGCUUCAUGUCCAGAAUCUUCUACCGUCUGGAUUCUUAUUGGUUUAUAACAGCAGACCAGCUGAUCCAGAGACUGAAUUCCUUAGGUUAGGUCAACUGAAAAGGAAGGCUUGGUGCUGCUGCUAGAUGUGGUCAUCUGAAUCUGAUGAACAAACUGACUGUAGUGUUUCUCAAACACUUCCUAAUUGAGUCAAGGAAAGCAGGUGUGAGUUAUGCAAGUGCCUCAAGAUAACUCAUGUGAACCAAUCAUAUCACUUGUCUUUUUUUACUCAAGCCAAUGAGCUAUAUCAGACAUGCAGCUCUUUUAUCCUUUUAUAUUGUAAUUUAUGAAAGUGCUAAAACACUACAUAAAACCUCAGUAUUACAAUAGCACUGAUGUUUUGGAAGGAUGGUGGUCAUAAAGUCACAUAAGCAUUGUGAUUGAAUAAGUGUAUGAGCAUAACAAAAAUCAACACCAACAAUCAAUUAUGGUGACCACUUAUCUUUUACAAAAUAGACUUUCCCUACGGAUAUGGUACGGAUGCCAUCAGCAGCAUCUGUCCAAACACUGGCCAGUCAUUCUAGUUAUGCUUGAUAAUUCUGCUACUGAAGAUGAUUCCUAUACAUUAAGCUGCUUAAAAACAUGUCCAUCUUGAA